AUGAGUAUCCCCAAGUCUUUAUUCAGAUCCUGUCGCGUCUUACGAAUAAGAUGCUACUUCGUGAUGGUAGCAGCAUGGAGCGUUAGAGCAUCAGCUAUUACUGCCUUCCCCAGGGGUGUGCAGUCCAAUGGCUGGUCCGUUCAUGUCCCGUCUGAUGUUACUGGCGAACUUGGGAAGAUGGUUAUCCUGCCCUGUACUUUCACACACCCCUACAAAACAUUUGACCGGACCCUCACCGCCAUUUGGAGGAUCAAGGAACCUUACAACGGCACGAUAGUUUUCAAGUGCGUUAGUCAGAGCACCAGCGAGCUCUGCAAGACUGCCAUCAGCUACAAAAACAAGUACAAACUACUUGGCAACCCUCGGUACAAGGACCUUUCCAUCAGGAUUGACAAUCUGACCUGGAGCGACAGCGAGAGAUACUUCUGCCGGGUGGAGUUGUAUAAAGCUGCAUUUGAUUGGUCGGAGACCAAGGAAACAGCCAAGAGACGCUUGCAGGAGAGCACUGUGGUUGCCUUGUCCUGGACGAUGUGGAGAAGCAGCCAGUCCGAAAAGGUCACCAGCUGCACCUCUGCCUACAUCGCAGAUGCUGCCCCCAGGAUCAUCAACAUCACCGUCAGCUCCAACGGGGAUCGCACCUUCCAGGCACGCUGCACUGCCGAGGGGGAGCCAGCGCCCGCUCUGACCUGGACCGGGCCACCCUACAGCAACCUCACCUCCAUCACCAGCAUGAACCACCGCGUCACCAAGGAGCUCCGGUACCUGACCCACGAUGGAAAAUACACCUGUACUGCUGUCAACAGCCACGGGAGAGCAGAGGGGGCCGUGUACUUCUAUAAAUUCAAAGCAUCCAACAGCUCCUUCUUCCUGAUCCUGAUCUUUGUGCCGCUGGGAAUUAAAGUGCUCAUUUUGCUGGUGAUACUGGGCUUCACCGUUUUCUCGAGAGGAGGCCACAGCUGCAAGACUCCACUUACGAGAACUUUGACCGCAGACACGGCAGCGGCCAGACUUUGCCGACAGAAAGAACAGCAUCGAGACGCAGCUGAGGACCUGGGCGGUCUCAUCCGCACCCGCUUGCACG